AUACGAAACUUAUGAGAAGGGAAACACGCCUUGUACUGUUGUAUCGUAACAGACCAUACGCCUGAGUUCAUCUAAAACCAAUCGGGAAAGCAGCCGCCGGUAAUCGUCGCCGUCGCGCACGAUACUUUUUUAAUGGAGGGAGUAGGGGCCAGACUCGGUCGAUCAUCGACUCGUUACGGCCCCGCCACCGUCUUCACCGGUCCGGUUCGUAAGUGGAAGAAGAAGUGGGUUCACGUGCCGCCGUCGAGUUCCAACCACCACCAUCAGACGUCUGCAAACGGAACCGUUAACGGCAGUAACGGAUCCUCCCACCUCUUGCUCUAUAAAUGGACCCCGAUCACUCCCAGUCAAAACAAAGACAGCAAUAAUAGUAAUAACGGUAGUGAUAAUAGUAAUAAUGGCAAUGCUGACUCCAAGACUUCAAAUAAAGACGACGCCCCAGCAGCAGAGGAGCCUCCGAGGAGAAAAUUCAAGUAUAUCCCGAUUAUUGUGCUUGAAGAACAAAUGAAUGAGUCCUCAGAACAAAUUGAGGAAGACGCAAAGCCCGUUGAGACUGACGCAUUGGAGGCGGCCUCCAAGGGACAUGAUGAAAAACCUGACAUCAAUGAUGUGCCUAUGGAUGAAAGCCAGGCUCAAGAGAAUAAUCCUGUGGAACGGCAUGAUCUGAAUGAAAGCACAUUAGAUUUGAGUUUGGGCUUGAAGGCUCAUGAUGGAGAAAAUGAAUCUGAUCAAAAAGCAGAUCAAAUGAAAGACAAGCAGCUAGAAUGAGUGAGCUCCACCAUUACUGAACAGUGACAAUCGCAGUACCAAGAAGUGCAUUGUAUCUUCCAAGGAACUCUGUUCUUCGGCAUAUUUAGUUACUGGUACUUUGGUAAAUUCAAACCACUCAUGGCUGUAACUUUAGUUUCAUUUAUUGCUUCCCUUGUUGAGGCGAUGGCAAUUUGUAUUGGUUCCAUCACCUGGGAGAUGCAAUCACUAUUUUUUACACUGAUGAUCAAUGAAAAACUCCCUAUUGCAAUUCGGAGGUUCUUUCAUUUUGAACACCAUGUAACGAAAAUACUUUGGCAGAUUGACUCUGUUACAAAUUUGAGAUUUCCAAUUUGUCAAUCAGCACAUGAGUUUACCCUGUUCA